UACUAAAUGUUGAGUAAGGCAUGGACUUCUUUUUUCCUAUUUGAAGAGAGACCAUUAUCUUUUGGGGAAAGCCUGAAGUCGAUAGUGGGAUGGGUUUAAUUUUAGUCUGCCUCUCCCCAGUGGAGAUGGCUAUUUCAAACUGUAGUAUUGUCAACACUUGAGAGAUAAUGAUCUAGAAGUGCUAUCAUUAUGUGGUUUUCCUCGAUAGGCUCCCAGCUAUCCCUAUACAAACAGUACAUGUUUAUGUCUUUGUAUCGCUUGUCGCAGACUCUCAUAAAUUACACGAUUUCUGUUUGUUCAGCAGAAUCACAUCACCUGAAGAGAUGUAAUGUAGGAACAUUCAGUUACCUAAGAUUACAAUUCCUUUCUUCCUUCUUGAGCUUAAGUAGUCAUGUGCCACAGGGAUGGUAGAAGAAAACUUACAAGUUUUAUUCUGCUCCUGAAGGCUGGAAUAUUUUCUACAUAAAAAAAGAGAGGCGAUCAUAAUCCCUUCUUUCUAAGGAAACAGAAAAGGACAACUGGUGUAAAACUUCCCCCAAACAAUUCAAUAGGAGGAAGUGCUCGUCACUGACUUUUCCCCCCACCAUGAAGGCACAUUUCCUUCCUAGUCUUUGCUUCUCUUAUCUGGGAGAUUUUUUUUUUCCUCCAAGCGAAGCAUGAACAGUCGUUAAGUGGAAAAUGGAGGCUGAAUUUUACGUGGCGAUUCUUACCUGCUUCAUCUUCGGGAACUCAGAGGGGUUUCAGAUUGUCCAUGUCCAGAAACAACAGUGCCUUUUCAAAAAUGAGAGAGUGGUCAUGGACUUGUGCAAUGGGACCAGCCAGAACCAGCAGUGGAUGUGGACUGAGGAUGGAAAGCUCCUUCAUGUUAAAUCUGCUCUGUGCCUGGGCAUCUCUGAUUCUUCUGGUGGCCCUUCCCGAUCCGCCAUCUUUGCCCCCUGCUCCCGGGCACCUCGAUGGACUUGCUAUGAGACGGAAGGGUUCCUUGAGGUGAAAAAUGCCUCUCUCUUUCUCAAGAAACAAGGCUUCAGGGUAGUGGUCAAGAAGGGCAGGAAGUACCUCCACAGCUGGAUGAAAAUAGAUGUCAACGAAGAGGGAAAACCAGUCAAUGAAAGCCUCUGCUCUAAAAAAGCUGGCCUGGGAGCAGAAGUCUCAGUAAGGAGUACUAGAAACACAACUCCUCCCCAAAUCCCCACUACUUUUAAUGCACUUCCAUAUAGCCCGGGACACCUUAUUAGUAAUACCACAGAGACCUUCACGAGAAGUACUACAGAAAACUACAGCCAAAACAGCAGCCAGAGGCAGCACCCCAAUCUGCAGAUGGCUGGAACUACAUCUUGGGUUCCCUGGACUACUCAACCCUUCUCCAGCACCACUGAAGAGACUGGACUGGGGGAGCCAGUGAGAUGCAACUUCACCCUGACAGAGUCCAGGGUCUCCAGCCGGUCCGUGUCUCUCCAGUGGAGAACUUUGGCGUCACCCUGUAACUUUAGCCUCAUCUGCAGCAGUGACACGUCGGGGGUCGCGUGCUGCCACCCCGUGCGGAUAGACAACACCAUCUAUGGAUGUAACCCCAAGGAUUUACAAGCGGGAACCAUCUAUAAUUUCAGUAUUAUGUCUCUGGAUGGAGAAGAGAAAACUGUGGUCUUGCAAACAGAUCCUUUACCUCCUGCUAGGUUGGAAGUCAAUAAAGAGAAAAGUACUUCCACCAGUUUGCAUGUCUGGUGGGCUCCUUCUUCCGGGAAAGUCACCUGGUAUGAGGUGCAGUUACUUGAUGAUAACCAAAAGACACAGGGGGCCCAAAUUCAAGAAAGAACUUCACAGAAUGAAUAUACAUUUUUAAACCUCACUGCUGGUAGUAAAUACAAAAUUGCCGUCACAGCUGUUUCUGGGGAUAAACGUUCCUCUACAAUUUAUGCCAAUGGAUCAACAGCGCCAUCGCCAGUGGAAGAUAUUGGUAUUUCAGCGAAAACGAAUUCUCUCCUGAUUUCCUGGUCACGUGGCUCUGGGAACGUGGAAAGAUACCAGCUGAUACUAAUGGAUAAAGGAAUUCUAGUUCAUAGUUUUGCCGUGGACAAAGCUACUACUUCCUAUGCUUUUCAUGGACUGAUACCUGGUCACCUCUAUAAUGUCACCAUUGUUACCGAGGCUGCAGGGCUGCAAAACUACAGAUGGAAACCAGCCAGGACAACCCCCAUGGAAGUCUCAAAUCUGAAGGUGACAAAUGAUGGCACUUUGACCUCUUUAAAAGUCAAGUGGCAAAGACCUUCUGGAAAUGUGGAUUUCUAUAACAUUACACUGUCUCACCAAGGGACCAUCAAAGAAUCCAGAAUAUUAGCACCCCAGAUUACUGAAACUCAAUUUAAAGACUUAGCCCCUGGACGACUUUAUCAAGUCACCAUCAGCUGUGUCUCUGGUGAAUUGUCUGCUCAUAAGAUGGCAGUGGGCAGAACAGUUCCAGAGGAAGUUGGAGACCUGGAGGCAAACAGCAAUGGUUCUACAAGGUCCCUGGUGGUGAGCUGGUCGCCCCCUGCUGGAGACUGGGAGCAGUACCGUAUCCUGCUCUUGAAUGAUUCUUCGGUGCUGCUCAACACCACCGUGGGAAAGGAGGAAACACACUACGUCAUACGUGAUGUGGGGCUCAUACCGGGAAGACAGUAUGAGGUCGAAGUCACUGUUGAGAGCGGAAAUCUGAAGAAUUCUAAGCGUUGCCAUGGCAGGACAGUCCCCCUGGCCGUCCUUCAGCUUCGUGUCAAACACGCCAAUGAAACGUCACUGGGUGUCAUGUGGCAGACCCCUGCAGCAGAAUGGGAGAAAUACAUCAUUUCACUAAUCGACAGAGACCUUUUACUCAUCCACAAGUUGCUCCCCAAAGAUGCCAAAGAAUUCACUUUUACUGACCUGGUGCCUGGACGAAAAUACAUAGCUACAGUCAGCAGUAUUAGUGGAGACCUAAAAAAUUCAUCUUCAACCAAAGGAAGAACAGUGCCUGCCCAAGUGACCGGUUUGCAUGUGGCCAACCAAGGGACAACAAGCAGUCUCUUCACUAACUGGACCCAAGCAUUGGGAGACAUAGACUUCUACCAAGUCUUACUGAUCCAUGAAAACGUGGUCAUCAAAAAUGAAAGUGUCUCCAGUGAGACCAGCAGAUACAGCUUCCACUCCCUCAAAUCGGGCAGCCUCUACUCCAUGGUGGUAACCACAGUAAGCGGAGGAAUCUCUUCCCGACAAGUGGUGGUGGAGGGAAGGACAGUCCCUUCCAGUGUGAGUGGAGUAAGGGUGAACAACUCUGGUCGCAAUGACUACCUCAGUAUAUCCUGGCUGCCUGCUCCUGGAGACGUGGAUAACUACGUGGUGACACUCUCCCACGAUGGCAGGGUGGUUCAGUCCCUCGUGAUUGCCAAGUCUGUCAGCGAAUGUUCCUUCAGCUCCCUCACCCCGGGUCGCCUCUACAAUGUGACCAUAACGACGAGGAGUGGCAAGUAUGAAAAUCACUCCUUCGGCCAAGAGCGGACAGUGCCUGACAAGGUCCAAGGAGUCAGUAUCAGCAACUCAGCCAGGAGUGACUAUUUAAAGGUAUCCUGGGUACAUGCCACCGGAGACUUUGAUCACUAUGAAGUCACCAUUAAAAACAAAAACAACUUCAUUCAGACGAAAAGCAUUCCCAAGUCUGAAAACGAGUGUAUAUUUGUUAAGCUAGUCCCUGGACGGUUGUACAGUGUCACUGUUACUACAAAAAGUGGACAAUAUGAAGCCAGUGAACAAGGGAAUGGAAGAACAAUCCCGGAGGCUGUUAAGGAUCUCACAUUGCACAACAGGAGCACUGAGGACCUUCAGGUGACAUGGACACGAGCUGAUGGGGACGUCGACCAGUAUGAGAUCCAACUGCUCUUCAACGAUAUGAAAGUAUUUCCUCCUUUUCACCUUGUCAAUACCGCAACUGAGUAUCGAUUCACCUCCCUCACACCAGGGCGCCAGUAUAAAAUUCUUGUCUUGACGAUCAGUGGAGAUGUGCAGCAGUCAGCCUUCAUUGAGGGCUUCACAGUUCCUAGUGUUGUCAAAAAUAUUCACGUUUCUCCCAACGGGGCGACAGAUAGCCUGACGGUGAACUGGACUCCAGGUGGAGGGGACGUGGAUUCCUACACGGUGUCAGCGUUCAGGCAGAAUCAAAAGGUUGAGUCUCAGACCGUCCCCAAGCUUGUCUCUGAGCACACGUUCCACAGGCUGGAGGCUGGGGAGCAGUACCGGAUCGUGAUCGCCUCGGUCAGCGGGUCCCAGAAGAACCAGGUAGAUGCGCUCGGGCGUACAGUCCCAGCGUCCGUCCAGGGAAUAACUGCAGACAAUGCAUACAGCAGUCACUCCUUAGUAGUAAGUUGGCAGAAAGCUGUUGGCGUGGCAGAAAGAUAUGAUAUCCUGCUUCUAAGUGAAAAUGGGAUCCUCCUAAGUAACACAUCAGAGGCAGCCACGACUAAACAGCACAAAUUUGAAGACCUAACACCAGGAAAGAAAUACAAGAUACAGAUCCUAACCGUCAGUGGAGGCCUCUUUAGCAAGGAAGCCCAGACUGAAGGCCGGACAGUCCCAGCAGCUGUCACCAACCUGAGGAUCACAGAGAACGCCACCAGACACCUGUCCUUCAGCUGGACCCCCUCAGAGGGGGAGCUCAAAUGGUACAACAUCUUUCUGUACAACCCAGAUCGAACUCUUCAGGAGCGAGCUCAAGUUGGCCCGCAAGUCCAGAGCUUCUCUUUCCAGAACUUGCUACAAGGUCGAAUGUACAAAAUGGUGAUUGUAACUCACAGUGGGGAGCUGUCUAAUGAGUCUUCCAUAUUCGGUAGAACAGUCCCAGCCUCUGUGAGUAACCUCAAGGGAUCCAAUCGAAACAUGACAGACAGUCUCUGGUUCAGCUGGAGUCCAGCCUCUGGGGACUUCGACUUUUAUGAACUGAUUCUCUAUAACCCCAAUGGCACAAAGAAGGAAAACUGGAAAGACAAGGACCUGACGGAGUGGCGUUUCCAUGGCCUCGUUCCCGGAAGGAAAUACACGCUGUGUGUGAUAACUCAUAGUGGAGAUCUCAGCAACAAGGUCACGGGGGAGAGCAGAACAGCCCCAAGUCCUCCCAGUCUUAUGUCAUUUGCUGAUGUUGCGAACACAUCGUUGGCCAUCACCUGGAAAGGGCCACCGGACUGGACAGACUAUGAUGACUUUGAGCUGCAGUGGUUCCCCAGAGAUGCCGUCACAGUCUUCAACCCCUACAGCAACAGAAAAUCAGAAGGACGCAUCGUGUAUGGCCUUCGUCCAGGGAGAUCUUAUCAAUUCAGUGUCAAGACUGUCAGUGGUGAUUCCUGGAAAACCUACAGCAAACCAAUUUUUGGAUCUGUGAGGACAAAGCCAGACAAGAUACAGAAUCUGCAUUGCCGUCCUCAGAACUCCACGGCCAUUGCCUGUUCUUGGAUCCCUCCCGAUUCUGACUUUGAUGGGUACAGCAUUGAGUGCCGGAAAAUGGACACUCAAGAAGUUGAGUUCUCCAGAAAGUUGGAGAAAGAAAAAUCUCUGCUUAACAUCAUGAUGCUAGUGCCCCAUAAGAGAUACCUGGUGUCCAUCAAGGUGCAGUCAGCCGGCAUGAGCAGUGAGGUGGUCGAAGACAGCACCAUCACCAUGAUAGACCGCCCUCCUCCUCCACCUCCACAUAUUCGGGUGAAUAAAAAGGAUGUGCUAAUUAGCAAAUCUUCCAUCAACUUUACUUUCAACUGCAGCUGGUUCAGCGACACCAAUGGAGCUGUGAAAUACUUCACAGUGGUGGUGAGAGAGGCUGACGGCAGUGAUGAGCUGAAGCCAGAACAGCAGCACCCUCUGCCCUCCUACCUGGAAUACAGGCACAAUGCCUCCAUUCGGGUGUACCAGACUGACUAUUUUGCCAGCAAAUGUGCGGAAAGUCCUGACAGCAACUCUAAGAGUUUUAACAUUAAGCUUGGUGCAGAGAUGGAGAGCCUGGGUGGAAAAUGUGAUCCCAAUCAGCAAAAAUUCUGUGACGGCCCGCUGAAGCCACGCACGGCCUACAGAAUCAGCAUUCGGGCCUUUACCCAGCUAUUUGAUGAGGACCUGAAGGAAUUCACAAAGCCACUCUAUUCAGACACAUUUUUCUCUUUGCCCAUCACCACUGAGUCAGAGCCUUUGUUUGGAGUUAUUGAAGGUGUGAGUGCUGGUCUGUUCUUAAUUGGCAUGCUGGUAGCUGUUGUUGCCUUAUUAAUCUGCAGACAGAAAGCCAGCCAUGGUCGAGAAAGGCCCUCUGCCCGCCUGAGUAUUCGUCGGGAUCGACCACUGUCUGUCCACUUGAACCUGGGCCAAAAAGGUAACCGGAAGACUUCUUGCCCCAUAAAAGUAAAUCAGUUUGAAGGACACUUCAUGAAGCUGCAGGCCGACUCCAACUACCUUCUGUCCAAGGAAUACGAGGACCUAAAAGACGUGGGUCGAAACCAAUCAUGUGACAUUGCACUCUUGCCAGAGAAUAGAGGGAAAAAUCGAUACAACAAUAUAUUGCCCUAUGAUGCCUCUCGAGUGAAGCUGUCCCAUGUGGAUGAUGACCCAUGCUCUGACUAUAUUAAUGCCAGCUACAUCCCUGGCAACAACUUCAGGAGAGAAUACAUCGCUACUCAGGGACCUCUUCCCGGCACCAAGGAUGACUUCUGGAAAAUGGCGUGGGAACAGAAUGUUCACAACAUCGUCAUGGUGACCCAGUGUGUGGAGAAGGGCCGAGUAAAGUGUGACCAUUACUGGCCAGCGGACCAGGAUUCCCUCUACUACGGGGACCUCAUCCUGCAGAUGCUCUCGGAGUCUGUGCUGCCCGAGUGGACCAUCCGGGAGUUUCGGAUAUGCAGCGAGGAACAGCUGGACGCGCACAGACUCAUCCGCCACUUUCACUAUACGGUGUGGCCAGACCACGGAGUCCCGGAGACCACCCAGUCCCUGAUCCAGUUUGUGAGAACUGUCAGGGACUACAUCAACAGGACCCCGGGGGCCGGGCCCACCGCGGUGCACUGCAGUGCCGGUGUGGGUAGGACUGGAACCUUUAUCGCAUUGGACCGAAUCCUCCAGCAAUUAGAUUCCAAAGAUUCUGUGGACAUUUAUGGAGCAGUGCAUGACCUAAGACUUCACAGGGUUCACAUGGUCCAGACUGAGUGUCAGUAUGUAUACCUACAUCAGUGUGUAAGAGAUGUUCUCAGAGCAAGGAAGCUACGGAGUGAACAAGAAAACCCCUUGUUUCCAAUCUACGAAAAUGUGAAUCCAGAGUAUCACAGAGAUGCGGGUUAUUCAAGGCAUUGAGAAUGCACCCGGAGAUCUCCUGGAUCAAAACUAUUCACUGUGUGAUUUCUUUUUAAAAACUUGCUUCAUGCCCUACAGAGGUGCCAGCUGUUUCUGUUGAUACUAUGUAUAAUUUAUUAAUCUGGAGAAUUUUAAAGAAUUUAUGUAAUUUAAAGGUAACAGAUAUUAUUGUACAUAGUUGUAUUUUGUAGUUUCUUCUGUAAAUAUGUAUUUUUUCAUAAUGUUUAAUAUUAAGCUUUAUAUAAUACUAUUUUUCCACACUAAAGUGUUCAUGGCUUGUUCUACAUAAACUAAUUCAACGUGUAUCACAGGAUGACUGGUAAAAAGUGUACGCAGGUGCUUGCUGUGGUGGGGCCGUGGUUUUUACCCGUUUUAAUCCUUACUGGACAGGAUGAAGGGCAGGGCUGGACAGAGCAGGGAGUACAGCGGGCUUGGCUGCACUGCCGUCCCAUGAAUCUUAGGAUCCAAAGAUGAUCCAAAUGCGAUUUGGACAAAUAUAACAAUCAAAAGAAAGGACCGGGGAGAUGCGAUCAAGCAGCACCAAAGGUUACAUCGGUGGUUGUCCCUCAGGUGGUUAGUCUCUCCCCUUUCUCCUGCCUGAGGUUCAAGCCAACGUGGUCAGCUCAGGGGCCACGUAACUUGCUGAGCAAGUCCAGGCUGCAGGGCUGAGGGUUCUGAGAGAGAACGACCCAAACAGAAGUGAUGAAUUCCCCCUAUGAAGAAGCAUGCCAUCUGCCCUCCUGACUGGAAACCUAGUCACCAUGCAGAGUGCCAUCCAUAGUGAUGGGAAACUGUUUCACUGCAUCCACAGUGUGCUGUGCGAACCCGCCUCCCACACUGGGAUGUGUGUGUUGCCCAAGGGACACGUGCUCGUCUUUGUCUCAUUUCUUGGGGGCUGCAUUCCUGGAAAAGUCAAAAUUGCACCCGUCAUACUUGGUUUUCCCAUUAAAAGAAUAUUGCGGUGGCAUAUUAUACUCCUGAUCAAAGGGCCUAACAUCAAUGUCUAUAGAAAUGUCCUCAAACAUCAUAUAUCGUUAAUUUAAAAAACACAAAAAUUCAGUGGUGCUUAGUAUAAAAUUUUCCAAAAGCCUUUUUUAGUAAAUCAUUGAGGUCACAAUAUAGGGUAGACACCUUCAGUUGCAUUUAAUAUAAAAAGCACUACGUACUCUACCAAGUUGAUCUUCAGUGUGUGUGCCUAUUUCGACUAUAACAAAUUUCAGUGAGUCAGAAAGUGGGCAUUGCCCUCCCCAAGGUCCAGUUCCGAGGGUCUUCCUGGAGAGAAUUUGACAGGCAUCUGCACGGUUAUCCUCAUGGCUAUCUGAGAGAUGAGUCAGGAAUGUUUGCCUUUUUCUCACUACAAAUUUCUCUGAAAUAAACUUAAGAAUUAGAAAUCAAGGUUGUUGAUCUCACAGCUUCAUUUGCAGAAAGAGUCCAUUUCUUUUCAAAAUGUAUAUUUUUGCUAUAUACUAUAGAGUCCCAUAAGUAAUACAAUGGGUGUCCUUGGCAUAGUAAUGGAAAAUCAUUAAAUAUUCCUAAAAGAGUUAUUUAUAGUUAAGUAAAGCUCCACCCAAACUGGAAAAAUUUCCAGGGCUCUUUGAAGUUUAUGGAAACAGGAAAAAACUUUAUAAGAAUGAAUGCGAAGAGGAUUCCAAGUUUUCACAGUAUCAUUGUGCUCAAUGCCCUUGUGAAAUGACAGUGUUAGUCUCUGACCCUGUUUCGGGAAACCAGGUGGCUCUUCUAGAAAUGAAAAGGAACAACAUACAUGUGAGUGUGGCAGCGGUACCACCAGGGAGAAAAUAAAGGUCGGAGAUUUAUGAGAUGUGGUGUCUGUUAGGAAUAACUUUCCCUGUAUUAAUAAGAAAAAGCAAGAAAUUUAGAAAAACAGAAUUUUAAGCUAACGUCGCUGGGCACAAAGCACAUUCAGACAUGGAAAGAAAUUCAUUUUUGGCUUUUCAUUUAUUCAGAAAAGUUUUAGUGCCUGCAACUUGCUAGGCACUGUCCUAGAAACUACACGUUUCUACUUAAUACAGAGAAAGCAUCACAGUAAUAAUGCUGGGGUUAUUGUUACUAUUUUCAGUUAAGCCUGAAAGAGGGCCUCAGUGAGGCAGUGAGGUUACCGAGCACCAGGGCAGCGGCAGCCUUCCGCGGACCACACACUGGCAAGAGCUGAUGCUGCUUCUCUAGCAAAUCGCUGGACCAAAAAGAGAAAGCAAUUAAUUGAACAAAUCAAGAAUUCAAACCAUAAAAAACAUACAUGUCUGUAAAAGUAAAUACCCUGGCAUAUCUGGGGUGGAAUCGGAGUCAUAAAAAUGGACGUGACAAGGGAAAACUGUAUGUUCUUCUGGUCUAAUGCAGGACAUAUUUAUUCCUACCCUCCACCUGUCUAAUUUUAAAUCUCCUUAGCAACAAAUAUUUCACUAUCUUCCCUUCCACCACCACCGAAGACUAAAUACAUAAUCUAGUUGAUCUAUUUAUUAAAUUUAGGAGGAGGAAAAAAAGGUUUCCUUGACAUUCAGCUCAAUUGGAUGUCUUUUAAUUUAAUCCCAUGAUGUGUUAUGUCUUGGUAAACACUCCGUUUCCUGUCGUGGUGGGCAUCCUGGCAGUGCACCUGUGCGGUACACUUUAAUCAUCAAGCCUUCAAAGUGUUAUUGAGCUAUCAAAUCUCAGAAGGGUCCCAUCUUGCAUCUUAAUAAUUAUUUAUCCAAGUUCUUUAUAAUUAACUCCUUUAAUCUCUACUCAUUAAAUCAAUUUCGUAUUAUUCUGUUUUCUCUGGAUAGCAGCCAGUUUUUCAGCUCUUGAAUCAGAUUUUUCUAAGGCUCAUCUUCCUGUCUGGCUCUGCACAUACUUGUCCUAAAUAAUUCACCAGCCCUUAACACUUCUGAGUCCCUCUUUUUCACUACUCUUCCCCUUCUCCCUUUUGAAUGUGUUUGCUUUCCUAGUAGAAGGUGAUUUUAUUUUCUGUUCAUCUUAUCUCCUCAUACCCUUUGGUAUUUCAUAGUCUUUUCAGGCUCCACAUUAUAGAAGAGAUGAUGAUGAUUUCACUUUUAAACACUAAAAUGGCCACAGCACACAGCAUAUUGGGGACAGUUUUAUUUGGGAGGGUCUUUAAUUAAUUUUAUUACAUCUUGGAAGAAAGCCCAACAUGACAUGUGAAAAUAAUAUGAAACCACUAAGCAGAUGUCCAGCAAUACAAAAUUAGACUUCACAUGUUGUACUUCACACUCUGAUUCUCUUAGUGUCUCAGGAUCUAGGUUCUUGUAUUUAAACACUCUCCUUACUUCUUGCAAGAAAGCUAUCAGCCGUAUAUAUACUAAAUUCUCAUUCACUUAGCUUUCUGCGUCUCUAAGGUUGGAAUCCUGGAAUCAUAAACCUGCCAGAUCUGGAUGACAGUGAGUGAUAGAAUCUGAGCCCCAACUCUGGGGUGCUCUAGAGUUUUAGUUCACACAUGUAAGCCAGACCAAACCUGCCCUGGUGGGAAAAAGAAAUAGGUAAUAAGCUGCUUGUUUGAGGUAGCAGUUCAAGGACUUUCCAGGUUCCAUUUCGCUGAAGAAAUGAAAGUAAUUGAUCAUCAAGACACAGUGGCAAGCAGGAAUGGCUGAUCCUCCCCAAAGUGGCUGUGAGCAAGGAUUCAAUAGUACCUCAUUUCUGAAGAGACAGAGUGGAAAAGGCUGUUAUCAGCCCAAAUGCGCUGUUAAGGUUCUGAGUAUUUUUAACCUGAGAUUUCAAAUCAUAUCAAGUAUUCAAAGAUUGUUUCACAUCAAGGGAAAAAAAUCUAUAAACCGUGACUGCAGAAAAUGAGUGAAAUGAUGUAAAGAAGGAAAAAUAUUUGAAAAGGGGGCUCUAAGCAGACACCAUCAGGAGGAGGAAAUGCCAUUCCUUCUGUAUGUCCAGACUGUUCUUUGGAGAUGUCAUAUGCUUCUGUUAGGGCGUAUUAUCCUUUGGGGGGGGGGGGUGGUUCACUUUGACUAUGCUGGCCAGAUGAUUUAGCUGAUUAAGCAAUUGAAUUGAUUCAUUUAGUUUUGUGAAUUGACCAGGUGUUUGAUGAAACUGAGUUUGGAAUUCUGAACACACCACCUUAGAUUCUUGUAGUGGAUGAUGCCUUUGAAAAUGUUUGGCCAUUUUAGUUAAAAUGCAGGGUAACAUUUAAUGCAGCCAUGAUAAUAGCAAAAAUCUGUUCUGUUCUAAAAAUGUUUCUAGCAAUGGAAAUAUUUCUGACUAAAAGAAUACUCUUCUUAUAGGGAGGCUCCCUAGGAAUAAAUGUAUGCAACAAAAAUGAGGCAUUUUAUUUUUUUAAAGGUUGUCUAUAUAGUUGCAUUCAUGAAAUAAGAAAAUUGUUGGUGAAUGCUCUUAAAAUAAAGGUUUAUGUAAUAGAAAUAAAAAGAUCUAUUAACAGAGUUACCAAAGAUUAUUUUUAUAACCUAUAUGCCACUGUACAUGAUCUUAUGUAAGAUACCAAAAUAAGUUGUUGAAAAUGGUGAAUAAUAUCAGACAAAUGUAACAUGUUCCUUCUAGAAUAUUCACAAGAGAGUUUAGUUAUGGCUGCUUUCUGCCUUAAGUAAUUGCUUUUAAGAAAAACUAUCUUCAUCCUAAGAGCAAGCUUUUUGCUAUGUUUGAGAUGUUGUGUUUUCAUAGCUGAGUGAGCAGGUAAGCAUCCCAACAAGAAAGGAGCAGAUGCAACUGUGGCUUUAGGAGUAUGCCCUAGAGUUGGGUGGUGUUCCCCUGUGAGCUACUGGGAGAGUCUACAGUGGCCUUCGUGAAAUCUCCUAAUCUCAGCCACACUAACAACCAGGUACACCAAUAUUCUUACCUGAAGAGUCCUUAAUCUCUGGUUUCCCAGGUGGGACCCAUCAGGCUUAUAAACUCUACGAUGACAAGAACCAAGUCUUUAAACUCAUUUCUACUCCCGCCUUAUAGAAAUUAGUGCACAGCUCAUAGACAUUCAACAUACACUUCUUUUGAGGGGAAAUUGCUCCUGACCCAAUACUUUGUUUUUUUUAUUUUGUUCUGUUUUAACAUCUUUAUUGGAGUAUAAUUGCUUUACAAUGGUGUGUUAGUUUCUGCUUUAUAACAAAGUGAAUCAGAUAUACAUAUACAUAUAUCCCCAUAUCUCCUCCCUCUUGCGUCUCCCUCCCACCCUCCCUAUCCCACCCCUCCAGGUGGUCGAAGCACCGAGCUGAUCUCCCUGUGCUAUGCGGCUGCUUCCCACUAGCCAUCUAUUUUACAUUUGGUAGUGUAUAUAUGUCCACCUGGCCCAAUACUUCGGAUGUUAGGUAGUCAAUAUCUAAUAACGUUAUUGUCCAUGGAGGCUCUUCUGGCUGUUCCUUGAUUUGUGUGAAGCUUAAAUAAAUAAUGUAAAUACAUCUAGCAACUGAGCUUAUUAUGUUUUAUAAUAGAGCACUUUUACGUUUUUGAUACCAUGUAUUCUUUCUCUGCAAAUCUGGUUAUUUAAAAUGGCAGUAGAUGAUUCUAUGCUUUUCUUAUGGUAGUACCUCCCCAAAAUAUUGUGUCUCUAACCAACUCUAUUUGAAGAAAGCACUUCCUUCAUCUUUCUAUUUAAGUUAUGUAUUUGCUUAAUAUAUUUUCAUAUUUGUAACUAUGGUCAAAAAAAUCUAUAUAGUGUCUUACACAC